AUGGCAGAAACCACUGCUGACAUCGAAAACAUCAGCAACCCCGACGUCCUGACCAAGUACAAGACUGCUUCUGGCAUCUCGCAAAAGGUCCUGGAGGAGGUUUCAGGGUGGUGUGUGCCUGGUGCCAAAAUCGUCGAACUCUGUCAGAAAGGGGAUGCUCUCCUCGAAUCCGAACUCGCGCAAGUUUACAAGAACAACAAGAAGAUAAGCAAAGGCGUCGCUACUCCGUGCACGAUCUCACCGAGUUCCUACGUCACUCCCUUCACUCCCUUGGUCUCGGACACUGAAGAUGCCGCCAUUACCAUCAAGGCAGGUGAAUUGGUCAAGAUCCAGUUAGGCGCUCAAAUCGACGGCUACGGCGCAAUAGUUGGCAAUACCAUUGUGGUCCCCGAAGAAAAGGAAAAGAAGGCUGAGAUCACCGGUCGGGAGGCAGAUUUGCUGUUGGCCACACACUACGCAAAUGAGCUCUUGCUGAGGCUUAUCAUCCCCCCUGGACUACUCGCUACCGGCUCAGAGGAGGAGAAACAGAAGGCCUCCGCCGAGAAGCCGCCAACCCAGGCCAAGAUAAGUUCGCUCGUCGACAAAGUCGCCAAAGCAUACGACGUGCAUGUCGUCCAGCAUACCACCUCCUGGCAGUUUGAGCGCAACGAGAUCGAAGGCAAGAAGAAGAUCAUCUUGUCUCCGGCUGAUGGUGCCAAGGGGGAAGGUUCAGCUGAAGUUGGCGAGGUUUGGGGUGUUGAAGUGGGUCUCAGUCUGGGAUCAGGGAAGGUCAAGGAGUUGGACAAGCGCUCGACUCUGUUGAGAAGAACCACUACAACGUACGGAUUGAAGCGACCAAGUUCGAGGCAGGUCUUGUCGGAAAUUGUCAAGAAAUUCGGCACUUUCCCCUUCAGUCUCCGUCAAUUGGACGACGAGAGAGCCGGCAAGGUCGGUGUUGUUGAGUGCAUCAGAUCUGGAGUUCUCCGUGAAUACAAGCCCGCCGCUGAGGCAGAUGGAUCUCCAGUCUCGAGACUAUUCACGACCAUUGCGAUCACAAAGAAUGGCCUGACCCGCCUGGCAGCUCCUCCUCCGUUGGAUCUGGAAUCGAUCAAGUCGGACAAGAAAAUCGAAGAUGAAGAGGUUCUGAAGAUCUUGGAGCUACCAACGAGCAAAUCUACGGGAUCCAAGAGCAAGAACAAGAAGAAGAAGAAGAAGCCAGCAAAGAAGGCUGCGGCUGCUGCUGCUGCUGAAGAAGAUGACGAAGACGACGAUUCCAGCGACGAAGAAUGA